AUGAUAUCUUUAAAGUUCUUUUUAUUGUUAUUUUAUUUCCUCCAAUUAUUUUUCUAUGCACAAGUUGAUGGAAAAGAAGAUUGUUUGCCCGAUUGCAAAGUGUUGAAUUCACCGGUUGGGAUAAGACCAGCACAAUUUCGAGAUUGUAUUUGUGUGAAGAGUGAUGAAAUAUCCGAAAACCUUUGCAAAACAGAGUAUCGUUCAUUGAAGUUCCGAAAUGAGACAAGUGGGAGUAUCAUUCGACAUCAAGCCGUAGUCGCUGCUUGUGUGAUUGACGAUGUUUUUACAACGAUUGAGCAACCAGAGUUUGAAAAAGAUGAACAAUUAUUUCUCAAAGCGCGAUCGGCUUUGGAUCGACUUGUCAAUGUGGAAAGACGAUAUUCAAACUGGGUGUUUGGCUUUCGAACAAACUUGAUCUCAUUUUACAAUGUCGAUGACUCUACGUUGCGCUUUGGUCGAAAA